UUUGUUAUACGGCUUGGUUAUAAAGCACAAUGGCGGGUUUACCUUUCCAAUUUAAUCAGAAGAUUUGGCUUCCAUGAUGAGUUAAACCAGUCUCGAAGACAACUCUUCCUCCCUGGAUAUUAACUAAGCCAGUAUUUUAUGGACAAGGGGUUUUGAAGGACUGGCUUCAUCCUCCCCUUGACAUUCAUCAGUGGCAUGGACAACAACAACAAUAUCCCUCAUGGAUCGAUUUCUUGGGACAACGAAGAUUCCUUUAAUCCGAUAAAUCGGCCAAGGGAGACUACAAGACACCCUUCAUUGAGAGCUCAGCAGACAACAAGCGGCAAUGGCUUGAGAUUUUCUCUACGAGGUCCGCAUUUUCCUCCACCCCAACAAAGAGUUCAUGGUGUUGGAAUUUCCAGAAAUUCAGAAUUAACAAAUCGGUUACCCAGUGGUGGAACGCCACAAUCAAACUUCCAACAAUCGAGCAGUUCAAGUUCACCGCCGUUUGAAAGAUACUUUUCAUUACGAGCUUCACAAAGCGCAUCGCAUAUACAAAUGCACACUCUAUUACAAGAAUCACAGACUUCAAACAAUCAAAACAUGAGUACGAGCUUUCAAGGCCAAGCUCUUUCCACAAUAUACUCGAAUCCUAUACCAGGCUCAAGUUCUGGUAACCCUGCAGUAACAUCAAUGGCACAGCAACCCAAUUUCUCAUCCACAAGUGGUUCUAUGGAACAUUCUCACAAUUUUAAUAUAGAGGUGUCUCGAGGACUUAAUGGUAGGGGGAGAAAUGACAACUUUCAUGCCCACAAGGCAAAACGGAAAAGUACUUUAUCAGCUGGUGAUGAUGGACAAGGGGAACCUUCAAGUAAACGGUAUCUGUCAGAAAGAAUGGCAGCAAGAAUGCACAAUUUAAGGAUAAGCAGUGACCAUAGUUACCCUGUAAAUACUGUGCAAAGUGUGACAGCAAAUCGAAUGGUUGACACUACUAAAAGUCGAAUUCACGAAGAUGACGAUGAUGAUAGUGAUGACAAUGAAGUAAAAAAUACAGCUGCUACACAAAACCAUCAAGACAAUUUGCCAAGGUUUGUUUUGUCAACACACAUGAAGGAUGCUAUCAUCAAACAAGAGUCAAUCAUUCCUGAAGCUAUCUACAAUCAGCUAAGUAAGCCUUGUUUGGCAGUUGUUCCAUGGAAAAGUCCUGAUGAUAGGUUGUCUUGUUCGACGGGGAGCAAGCAAGAUGACCAGGACAAUAAGGUUGAUCUGCCUAAUAGCAACAGUAGCAGUGCAAGCAGCAGUCUGAUCAUGGAAAUUAUUCCUGAGAGAGACCCGCUUCAAGAUAAAGGGGUCUCUCAUGUUGAAAUUGUUGGUGAAUGCAGUACUUUUAGUUUUGAUGAUGAUGAUGAUGAUAUGGACCCAUAAAUAAAGACUUUAUUUAAUUUAUGUGAUCUGGAGAUAAUUUAUUGGCUUGCUUGAAACAGUUUGUGAAAAGCAACAGAUUGUGAAUUUCAGUUGAUUAGUUGUCAAAUGAAAAUAUUUUCCUGGACUAUUAUAUGCUUCUUGUACUUAUUUACACUAUUGAAACAGCAUUAAAAUAUAAUAAAAAAAAGUUAUAGUUUA